AUGGAGCACCCGCCAAAGGGAGGCGGCAAGCAAAGCAAAGGCAGAAGCCAGGGAUCCGGCAGCGCAGGACCAGAGGAGCACCCCACCCCAAAGGGAUCCGGCAAGCAGAGCAAAGGCAAAGAUGCAGCGAAGGGAUCCACCAAGAGCGCAGGGCCAGAGGAGCACCCCAACCCCUCAAAGGGAUCCGGCAAGCAAAGCAAAGGCAAUGGCGAGCUGAAGGGAUCCACCAAGAGCGCAGGACCAGCAGACCCAAAGGGAUCCGGCAAGCAGAGCAAAGGCAAAGAUGCAGCGAAGGGAUCCACCAAGAGCGCAGGAGCACAUGAGCACCCAAAGGGAUCUGGCACAGCUGGCAACAAGGGCCACAAGGGCACGGCUUUUUCUGGGGCCGGGAAGGGUGAGACAAGAGCCUUGUUGAAGGCCGUCCACGAGGAAGCCGCGGAGCUGUGCAACACGGAGCAUGACCACGACGAGGAUCAGCACUGGCAGCUGAGCAUACACGACAUGACCAAUAGGGCAGAGAUUGCAGACUCAGACUUCCAGAACCCCUGCGUUGUGCUACCCACUUGUGUUCUCGGCGAGUUGUCCAACAUGCAGGCCAAACAACCAAGGCUGUGUCAGCAACGCCUAAGAAGCAUAGCCAACAACAAAAGCAUGUUCGAUAUGUUCAAGAACUGGCAGGCCCAGCACCACCCGACCCACACAACGGCAUGGGGGAAAGCACCAGCAGCGCAGCUCAUGCAUCACAACAAGGCUUUGGAGCCUUCUACCGAAGUCGAGGAGGCCCAUGAGGGAGAGGAGGGCGAGGAGGCGGACCUAGAGGAAGAUGAGGAGGAACAACCUGAUCCUGAUGAUGCUGGCGAUGAAGACGAGGAUCAAAGCUGGGAUGAAGAAGGUGAUCAGGAGGGCCAGGAGUCCGGUGACGCCGAUCAGGGUGAGGAGUGGGCUGAUGAUGAUGAUGAAGGGAUACCGACUUCGGGGUAUCCGGAUGAUGAGGGUAUGGAUGUGGGUGCUGCCGACCCGCCUGCUCCGGCUUCCUACCCCAAGCCGAAAUCCAUCCUGCGGGCGCCCUCCAGCAUCAGCGUCCAGUCGGAGAAGUCCUCAAUCAGCCCGGUGGGCGUGCGGGACGAUGACGGCAAGGUCAGAGUCUUGGACGAAGCGACCCGGCAAUCGAUCCAGGCCAUGACACACCCCAACCAGAUGGACGCCGGGGAACGUCGCCGGCAGCGCGAGGCCAUGAAGCGGUUCGAAUUUUUAAAGGCAUUUAUGCUUGACCCGAAUAUGGGCGAUAUGCACAUCGAAGCGAUCUACAGCGAGUGUGCAAACGUGAACAAGGUGGGCACAAAGACCACAGCCAGGAAGCGGAUCGGAAAAGCCGACGAAACCACGAAAAAGAAGCUCGGGGAGAUCAUGACUUCCCAAGCUGCCGACUUUGUGAAGGGUCUGGACGUUCUGACGGAUGAAGAAGUGAGGAAACGUGAUUUUGAUAAGACGAUGAGCCAGAUAUUGUCCUUGGCUGCCAAAGCAAGAACAGUGGCCCAGAACCUUACACGUUCGGGUCUGGAGCGCCAGGAGGCCAACAUCAAGCACAUGCAAGACGUGCACCAAGAAACCAUGAGGAUUCAUGCAGAGAUCAACGAAUGCGUCUUCGCAGGGUACGAGGAUGAGUAUGUUUACCAGAAGGUGGAGGAGAAACGAGCCGAGAUCGAGGCCGCCAACAAGGCCGUCCUCUCAGCAGAGGAUAUCGUUGCCGGCCACUAUCGCUUGAACUCAGAGAGAAAGAAAGCAGAAAAGGCAGCUGUCAAAGAUGGCGGUGCUACGGAUGCUGAGUACGAAAGCAGCUGGGACACCGAAGCGUGGGAUUCCUCAGCUGCCGCAGCGCCGGCCAAACGAGCCCGCCGCGCCUAA